UGUAAUUGGAAAUAUCAUUAACAAACAAAAGAAACAACUACAAAACGACGCCGCAUUUAGAUCCUUUUUUUGGUUAACCUUUAAUAACGGACAAUUUGUAGUCUUUGAACCAGAGAAAUUAUUAAGGCCCAUCAGCCCAAAUAAAAAUAUCAAAAGUUUUUGUUCUGUUCCUCGAGUCAUGUUUGCAUCGCACGCGACUCUUCGUCGGAUCUUCCCAACACACAAAACCCUUAACUCUUUUCACUUUUUAUUGAUUUUCUCGGUCUUUGUACGCGCAAAAUCGAGAUUCUGAUUAUCUGUCACUGAAAUUCGGAAGAAUUCGAGGUCUUCACUGCCAGUAAAUUUGAUGGAGGAAAGGGAAGCGAAAAGAAUAUGCCUCGAACGGCGGGCAGGUUUCUCAAGAGCAAAAGAGGAUCUGAUAAGCAAAUUACCCGACUCUUUGAUAACUCAGAUACUCUUGUAUCUCCCGAUAAAGAAAGCUGUUAGGACUUGUGUUUUGUCCAAGAGGUGGGAAAGUAUCUGGCUUUCGAUUCCCUGGUUGGAUUUAGACUCUGAAGAGUUCCCAAAUUACAAAGCCUUUGUGAUUUUUAUGGACAGAUUCGUAGAUUUCUCUAGGGAACAGAAAUCAUGCUUGCACAAGCUCAAGCUAAGUAUUCAGAAGAUUUGGAGUGAUCAGUAUCGUAUCACGCGAUGGAUAGACUUUGUUGCUACACGUAAACUUCAGCAUCUUGAUGUUGAGUGUCUUUUUGUGAAGCGUGAGUGUUUUGAAGUGAUGCCCUUAAGCCUUUAUAUCUGUGAGACGCUUAUUACCCUAAGACUUCAUCGGAUAUAUUUGGAUAGUUUUGAGUCUGUUUCAUUACCUCGUCUCAAGACUAUGCAUUUAGAACUCAAUGUAUAUGACAAUGAUGCGGGUCUGGAGUCACUCAUUUCAUCUUGCCCAGUUCUUGAAGAUUUGAGCAUUGUUAGAAGUGUGGAUUACAAUGAUAAUGUGAACGUUUUACGAGUGCAUUCUCAAACAUUGACAAGUCUAAGUGUAGAAUUUGAUCUUGGUGAGUGGGGUCUAGGGCUUUUCUGUUUUGGUCAAAGAGACCUGGGGCUUUGGAUUGAUGCCCCUAGACUCAAGUAUUUGAAUUUCAAACAUGAACUAUCGGAUAGUAAAACCGUAAGCAAUUUGAAUUCCUUAGUUAAGGUCAAUUUUGUUGGCUCCUUUCGUAUCUCUGAUGGAGGUCGCUUAUCAAAGCAACAAAUGGCCCGUAACUUUUUCAUCGGUAUCUCGAAAGUUAGGGAUCUGAACAUCUCUGCACAUAUUCUUGAGCUAAUCAAUUGCUACUUGAAAGUAGAACCAUUACCCCAAUUUUUCAACCUGUCCUAUUUGGAAGCAGAAUUUUGUUCAUCCGAUGUGAAGAUUCUUGAAUCCUUGCAAACGCUUCUUGAAAGCUGUCCAAAUCUAAAAUCCAUCGUCUUGGAUUUAACUGAUUCUACUACGGUCGAUACGAGCCAAACAAGAGUCCCUUUUGUGCCUCAGUGUUUGUUGUCAUCGCUCGAGUUUGUAGAUAUAAGAGGAAAAUUCAUGGCAGAGCCUGUUGCAGUGGAACUAGCAAGGUACUUUGUAGAAAACUCAGUAAUCCUCAAGAAAAUUGUUAUGCGUUUGGGAUAUUUCAUGCCAGGAGAAGAAGAUUCCGUCGCCUUAAAGGAUCUCCUUGCAACUCCAAGGCGUUCUAGCACGUGUCAAAUCGAAGUUUGUGAACCGCUAAAUUUUUUUGAUUAUGUUGAUUUCUUUUAAUCGUCAUCGUGAGCUUCGGCUACACUGAGGCCAAACUGUUUUUAUGUAAU